AUGUUAAUAUUAGAUAUAGAUAUUGUAUUCAUGAGUGGAAAACCUGAUAGGGUUGGUGGUGUAUUGAUAGGUAGAUCUGUAAAGAUAUCCCAAUCUGGAGAAGGUAAGUCAGGAAGUUCAAAGAUAUAA